CAGGGAACAGGACCCAUAAUACAUUUCACUAUAUUCAUACCAGUCUGCAGAAACUAAAAAACCAUGUCAACAUUGCCAGGCAAAGGAGUCCACAUCCUGGUCUUCCCAUUCCCUGCACAAGGCCACAUGUUACCGCUUCUCGACUUGACUCACCAGCUGCUUCUCCGUGGCCUAACCAUCACCCUUUUGGUCACUCCCAAAAACCUGCCAAUUCUUGAUCCCUUGCUCUCUAUUCAUCCGUCGUCUUCGCUGAAAACCUUGGUCCUUCCUUUUCCUGAUCACCCUCUGGUCCCUUCUGGCGUCGAGAAUGUUAAGGACAUUGGUAACGCUGGAAAUGUGCUGAUCAUUUCCGCUCUUGCCAAGCUAAGUGAAGAGAUAAUUCAGUGGAUCAGAUCACAUCCUUCUCCUCCUGUGGCUGUACUGUUUGAUUCAUUCUUGGGAUGGACUAAUCAACUUGGAUUACCAAGGAUUUGUUUUCACUCUACUGCUGCAAUCAUGAGUUCUGUGUUUGAUGCUUUGUGGCAGAAUCUUGAUGCUCUUUUUCCCUUGGAUGCUGUUGAGUUUCCUGAUUUACCAAGAUCACCGUCCCUAAUUAGGGAACAUCUUCCUUCCCUUUUCCGCAGGUACAUUAAAUCAGAUCCGAACUGGGAGUUAGUUAAGGACAGUAUGGCUGCAAAUAGUUCAAGUUGGGGUUAUGUUAACAACACGUUUGAAGCAUUGGAACCAGAAUUUUUGGAGUUUUUAAGGAACAAGUUGGGACAUAACCGUAUAUUUGCAGUUGGUCCACUCAGUCUGUUGGGCGGUUCGGAUUCUACAAGUCGGGGCAGUACAAGUAGUUCAUCAGUUUCUCAUGAUGAUAUAUGGUCUUGGCUCAAUGGGUGUGCUGAUGGAUCUGUUCUCUAUGUGUGUUUUGGAAGUCAAGUACUACUAAGAACGGCCCAAGUAGAAGCCUUGGCAAAUGGACUUGAACGUAGUGGUGUAAAGUUCAUUUGGGUAAUGAAACCGGCUACUGCACAACAAGUGGCUGACGGGUUUGGGUCGAUACCUUAUGGAUUUGAGGCACGGGUCAAGGGUAGAGGGCUGAUAAUUCAAGGGUGGGCGCCACAAGUGCCGAUAUUGAGUCAUCGGGCUGUGGGUGGUUUUGUUAGUCAUUGUGGAUGGAACUCACUUCUUGAAGGAAUUGUGGGGGGAACGAUGAUUUUGGGCUGGCCCAUGGAGGCAGACCAGUUUGUGAAUGCUAAAUUGCUGGUAGAUUACAUGGGUGUUGCUGUCCGGUUAUGUGAGGGCAAAGACACGGUCCCAGACCCUAUCAAGUUGGGUCAGAAAGUUGCCGAGUCAAUGAGUGGUGAAAUAGCUGAGAAGGUGAGAGCAAAAGAGCUCAGAAGCAAGGCAAUGGAAGCUGUUGGGGGUGGAGGAAGCUCUUCAAGAGAUUUGGACAGGCUUGUCAGAGAACUGACCCAGCUUCAAAGUGUUUGAUUAGCGGAAGGUUUCUUGCGACAUUUACAUUGUGCAAGUGAAACAUCUUUUUUAGUACACAGGGAACGUAAUCUUGACAAAAGUGCUAAGAUCUUGUAUUUUUGCGGGGUGGGGGUAUCAAUAACUAAUCCAAGAUGCAGUAAAAUGCAUUGUCUAUCAAACUCAUGUAGAUGCAAAUAGUUUUCUAUGUCACAAUUUGUGCUUUA